AUGCGCUUCAUCCAUCUCAUCUCUGCCAUCGUGGCCACCGUCACCGCCGUAUCUGCACAGGACCUCUCCUCCCUGCUCUCCGAAGCCUCGUCCCUCGCCGGCACCGACAGCGCAUACCAAUCCAUUCUCUCGAGCGCCGCGUCGGCCCUGGCCAGCGCCACGAGCCAGCUGACCGGCUCCGAUCUGGCCGCGUACUCGUCCUACCUGUCAGAAUUGGACUCCGACCUCGCCGCCGCCACCAGCGCUGUAGGGAGUUUGACCAGCGAACCCUCCUCGGCUGCCGCUACGACGGGUGCGUUGGGUACUACUGCCAGCAACGCCGCCACCGCUGCCGCCACCACUGCCGCUACCGCUUCCGCCACAGCAACCGCCGCUGCCACCAGUGCCACCAACACCGACAGUGGCGUCGAUCGUGUCGUUUUGCCCGCCAUGGGUGCCGUCGGGGCCGUGAUGCUAGGACUGGCUGCUAUACUGUAA